AGACGAAGAGAAGUCCUCCUUUGGGCUGUAUUCAGGGAUGAGUGACAUAAUUAGUGGGUCACCCCAGAGUGCAGCCCCAAGUCCAACCCCUUCCUCAUGCUCUUCGACUCCCUCCCUAACCCCAAACAAAAGCAAUGUGGCGAGUGGAGGUCUACAGAGACCAAAUUCAACGUUUGGCUCCAGCUUGGUGUACAAAGGUAGUGGGAGGUGGUCUGCUAGUCCAUCAUCCUGUGACCCCAAAGAAGAGGGUUUUGACCAAGACCAAGACGGAUCACCUCAGCGAAGAGCUCAAUCUCGGAUAUAGGAUUUUGAUGGAGCUGAUGUCCGAUUACCAGAAGGGGAGCAAUGCGCCCUUCAUGGAGCCCAUUGAACUGGACACCGACAAGAACAAGGACUACCUGGAGGUCAUUAAGAAACCUCUCUGGCUGAAGAAGAUAAAGGAACAACUCUUAGAUGGGCAGUACAAAACAAUCACCGAACUCAUUGGAGAUCUUCGACUAAUGCUAGAGAAUGCAUACCGAUACUUUGGGCCAGUCCAUUCCAUCUCGAAAAAAGGCCUACGUCUGGAGCACAUGAUGGAGCAGAAAAUAGCUCUCCUUCCCAAGGAAAUCCGCGAACAAUGCAGUUUGGAGAAGACAUCCGGCCAGCCACCAGAGGAUAUCACUCAAAAGCACCGCAACAAAAGAGCCAAGAUCUCAGUCAAUGGUGACAAUUUCUUCUCAUACGUCAUGCACCGUGUCCGAGGAUGCAGAGUGCAGCGUGAAAAGGAAUUGAAGAGGAGGAAAAUGGAGGCCAUGCGUCAGGCAAAGCGUGACCGAGAAUUGGAAGUCAUACAGUGGGAAAAAGAUCUACUUAAGGAGCCUCUCCACUCACAAAUGAGGGCAAUGUGGGAGCUACCACAAAUUGGCCACUUCAUAUACCUCACUCUGAACACCCUGAACAUCUAUGAAGUCCCUCAGUAUGAGCUUGAAAGGAUGCUGCUGAUGCCCCGAGCCUCAAGAACACUGGCCAUGCUACUGACCUCCCUCCUCUCGUCACCACAGCAGAGACAGAAGCUCAACGAAAAGCCUUACAUGCCCUACAAGGUCUGGGCCCGGAAGCUGGCACAUAAGACCCUCCUGUGGUACAGGUGCUUCUCUCGGGAGAACCAGAAUUCCCAGAAAGUUUUUGACCAAAUGGGAAUUGAGCCACAGUUUUGGAACAUAUGUGGACCCACAAACCCCUUCGAACACCAGCUGUUCCAUGAGAUGACCUACCACCAGCGAGUGUGGCUCCUCAAGUCCCUCUGUGACUUUCUGCUUCACAACCACAAGACAGUACAGGAAGUGAUCGCUGAGCACACGGAGGCUGACCAGCGCGAGUACCACUUGGGCCGUGACCGGGAUGGGAAUGAGUACCUGCACUUCCCCCAGUUCUGUGGCCAAGACCUCAGGAUCUACCGGCGGGCGCAAGUUCCAUCCCCAGAGAUCAAAGUGGAAGAGGAGGAGCAUGAGGAAGGGAGCAUCCUUCCCAUCGAGAAAGUUCGGGAGUUCAAGAAGAUGAUGAAGAAGUUCCGGAGUGUAAGUACAAGGAGGGGAAAGACAAGAAAACAGGAGUGGAGCAAAAGAAGAGGAAGAAAAGAGAGGAGAAAUGAGGAGUUUCAGUUGAAGCAAAGCAAGAAAUACGAGGAAGAGGCGGAGUGGGAAGGAUCCAGAGGGAAGAAGAGAAAACGGAAAAGGGGACGUAAUAGAGAGGUGGAUCCAGAGGAGGAGGUCACCAUCCACAAUCGCAGCCGGCCAGGGAACCUCAGACAGAGACCAAGAGCAAGGUACAAGGACCAGUAUGAAGACCUGGGCCUUUCCUCAGAUGACGAACCUCCCCGGCCUAAGUUCAAGGGAAGGAGGUCCAGGGCAUGUAUCGCAGACUCUUCUAGUGAGAGUGAGGACGAGAAGGAGGAAAAGAAAGAAAAGGAGAAAGAGAAGAAGGAAAAGGAGAAAGAGAAGAAGGAAAAGGAGAAGGAAAAGGAGAAGGAAAAGGAGAAGGAGAAGGAGAAGGAGAAUAAUGGGACUGAAACACCUCCAGGAACAGCAGCAGCAGAGGAAAUCGGAGAGGAAGGAGCAGCCAACAGCCCAGCUCCCCCCCAGCAGGAAGGGCUGACGAGAGCACAACAGAAGAACCCCAGAACGAGACGAGGAGGCAAGAAGAAGCCAACCUGUGAGAUAUGUGGUAAAACAUUCCAAAACAUUGCAGCUCUGAAGGGACACAGAGCGGUCCAUACUAAGGAGAAGCAGAGACUGGCACUUGGCCUCAGUGACAUUCCUAAUGCGAACAAGACUAGUGUGGAAAAGACUGGUGACUCCUCCUCAGACAAGCAAGACUCCAUGUGUAACAGCACCAUACUUCAGAACGGAGAAUGUGACCCUGAGGAGAGCUCUGAUAGAGAAAACAAAACGAAGGAUCUGACUAGAGAAUCUCUUUUAAAUGGGAAGAUAAAAGAGGAAGUCGCAGAGGAUGUCGAAGGAAGGGAGGACAAAAGGGUUCAGGGUUGA